ACCUCCUCCCCUGCUAGGCUACUGAAGUUAUGGCCAUCUCAAUCUUCAUCAUAUCUUUGCUGAUUGUCAGUGACACCAAGUGGUGUAUAAAGAAUGAAUCUACUACCACACCGUCCUCGGUAGGCUACUCACUGAAGGAUUACAAUUGAACCCUGAAUCUCUUCUUCAUAUCACCUGUAUGCCUUCUACCUCCCUAUCACUCUCUCAAACACUUAGCGUAUCGGACGGUUUAAAACCAACGGCAUCCCAGCCUUGUCUAGCCUCAGCCGGGAAAGUGCGCUUCUUAUCAAGGACAAAGCCUCAUGGGACGCAGCGUCUGCUCCCUCGGUCUCGGAAAAUGUGCGUUCUCCCUCGGCUGAUUUCCAUCACAGACCAGGAGCCCCCGGAGUGUCCGCAAUUCCUGCCGGUGAGAUGCAGUUCCGUGCAGGGCAUCCGGAGCCCAGAUGCCUGCCUCUGUGGAUAGGGACACGGUUUCAACGGAUUUGGCUAGCCACUGUGACUGUUGUAAUUUUAUUACUGAUGAGACCGCUCCAAGCAUUUCCCACCACUUCCCCCAGCGACUGCCAGACACCUACCGGCUGGAACUGCACGGAUUUCGAGAAGAGGGUCUCUGAUGUCUUCCAGUGUGACACGGACUCCUGCCAGUAUGACGGAAAGUGUCUAAAGACAGGAGAGACCAUCACCUGCAUUUGUGACUUUGAAUGCGGUGUUGAAUAUGCCCCGGUGUGUGGUUCCAACAGUCACACUUAUCAGAAUGAGUGUUUUCUGAGACAAGACGCCUGUAAACUUCAGACGGAGAUUCUGGCCUCAUCUCAGGAUCCAUGUCCCGCAGACGUUGGUUCUGGAUCUGGUGAUGGCGUGGUUUUCUCUCUACCAGGAGCUUCCGAAGAGGCCGACGCUGAACCGAGGGACUCGUCCUGUGAGAUGUGUCAGUUCGGAGCCGAGUGUGACGUGGACGCCGAGGAUGUAUGGUGUGUGUGCAACAUCGACUGUUCCCACAUCAGCUUUAACCCUGUGUGUGCCUCAGACGUACGUUCCUAUGACAACCCGUGCCAGGUCAAGGAAGCCUCCUGCCAGAGACAGGAGAGGAUUGAGGUCACACACCUGGGCCACUGCCAAGGGGAGGGCCUAAGGGGUCUUUACAUCCCCUGUCCCGACCGCUACAAGAACUACUGUCUCCAUGGAGAUUGUCAGUACCCUGACAAACGGGGCCUGCCUUCCUGUAACUGCCACGCCGGGUUCAGUGGGCCACAGUGUGAACAAAACGACUACAGUGUCCUCUUUGUGGUUCCUGGUACCGGAAAGAUCCGCUACGUUCUUAUUGCCUCGGUUAUCGGAGCACUGCAGUUAACUAUGAUUUCUUUGGUGGUGGUGUAUGUCACAAGGAAGUGUCCUGGGAGAAAGAGGAAGUCAGGUCAGAAGCAGACCGGAGCCCCGUAAGCCACACUCGUCACCCGACACACAUGCAGAGACACGGCCCAGACAUGUACUUACCACUACCCACCAUUCUCCCGUCUGCUCACUUUGUAUCUUAUCUGGUCCAUACUAAGUGUCUAAAUGUGCCAUAACGGUCCAGACAUCUCUGCGGAGGCAGGCCGUUAUUUCUCAAUGGAAGAGUUAGAGGUUAAGGAUGGAUAGCGACCUGAGAGCUCACUGACAGCAAAAUGUGAGCAGGAAACACGACCACCAAAUGGGACUACUUUAGUAUUAACGCUCAGGGGGGUCUGGACCUCAAUGUGGGAACGAUAAUGAUGAUGAUGUCACCCUUUUUCAAUAUUGUGAAUAAAUAAU